AUGGUGAGUACUCGCAACACUAAGCGUGCCUCAAUCGGUGGGGCUGAAAAGGCGGGCGCGCCCUCAAAAGCAAGCAAGCUCAGUACCACGCCUGCGAAAACAAGCAAGACAGACACACCGACUAAAUGUAGUUCGUCUACGGAACGUGUUCCGCGCACACGCUCACGCCGGAUUCAAACACGCACAGUUUUGGCUGAAACGGCGGAUGAGAAGGGCACGCCGGUGAAAUCAGAGACGAGUGAGAAUUCGAUAGAUCACGCGAGUGGAAGUACGCCUAGUACUGAGAAAUCUAGUAUUAAUAGUGAAAAGAGUACAACAGAAUUGUUAGACGCAAGCGCACAGAUAGACCGUGACGGUGCAACAGAUGUAGAGACCACAAAGGUGGAUGAUGUGCAAACAGCGGAGUCUGUAGAAGAAAGUUUACUGGAACCAAAUGAAAAAUCUUCAAACAAAAAGUCAAGUAAAAAGAAAAAAAGCAGCUUCAAAAUUGAUAAACUCAAGGUAUCCAGCACACAGGAUGGGAAUCCAGAAGUAUUCGAGGCAGACCCGGACGCGGAUACGACUGUCUUGUCCGUUGCUGAUGCCACUGAUUUGGUAGAAGCAAGAAAAGCCUCCGCCAAGCGUAGUAAGAAGAGAAGCAAGAAAAUUAGUGCCAAGACUACGCAUGUGGCGUCUGCGAAUACUGUUGAAGUUGAGGAUAGUAGCGUUCCUACAGCAGAUAGUUCGAUAGAGGCUGCGACGGAGUCGGCGAAGAAGAGUGGUAAGAAACAGAGCAAAAAAACUAGUGUCAAUACUGCGCCUGUGACCGUUGAAAGUUUCGAAAAGGAAGCUCUGAAUGAGGUUAUCGUGUCUCUAGAUGAGAUUAUCCCGGAAGAGACUAUUGCGACUGAUACAAUGAUUGUAGAUGAGGCUAAGAACGAUAGUGUUGACGAGGACGAAGAAGUGUUUACUACAGCUGACGAGGGGCCUGACGGAGAAAGUGAGGAGAUGUUAUAUAGCGAAGGAAACACUGGAAAAUCAGAAGCUGUUGCUGCUGCGAAGUCAAAAAAGAUAACCUUUGGCGAUGAUGACGAGUACGAUUCCAAUGCGAUUCUACCCGAGACGAAGGAUGAAGUACAGGCUAACGAUAUGGCUGAGAGUGAUCGCGACGACGAGGCGCCUGAUGCCGUUGGGUUUACCACCGCUCAGCAGAUCGCUGUAGAAGCGGAAAAGAUGCGUAUGCUUGCGCUACAGGAAGCCAAGUUAAAGAGAGCGGAAGAAGAGGAAAAACGGAAGGUAAAAAUAGAGGCGCAAAGGGAAGCUGCUCUGUCUAGGAAGCGUAAGGGAGAGCGUUUGCCUAUGGAUUUUCUGAAGGCUAUGAACGACGAGGUUGUGCUAAAUGAGCAGAAGGAAACAGCGGUUUUGAAGGCGGCGCGAGAGUUUGAUGGGCUUCAGGUAAAGAAAAGGAAGGGUAAGCGAACCAAGUUUGAGUACGAUAGUGCCCUGGGAGUGUCGACUAUCAAGAAUGGCGUGUUCACUAUCGCUGUGGCGGAUGACAAGGGGGGAAAGAAGAAGCGAAAGGGACAUAGAGGAGGGGCUAAGAUCACGGAUGAGGUGAGGGAUUUCAAGAAGCAAAUGAUCGAGGAGCGAAACAAGCGCUUUGUGUCACAAGGGACGGGAGCCCUCACUGGUCGCAAAGUGCGCCCGUCGUUGUUCGUCGCCAAGAAAUAGGGGGGCUGAUGUGUAUGAAUAUUAAUAAAAUUUAGCUGAAGGUAGAAGUUGAGGAAACUCGUUCACGGCCAGCGAACGGUAAAGUUAGGGGUGAAGCGCAAGACAUAAACUAAGUGGUAUAUCGUAACUGAACAUGACUGGGAUUCUAGUAUGAACCCAAUAAUAGAAACACUGCGAGGGCUUGCGCCCGGACACCUUCACAUUUCUCUUGCACAGCCGGCAAGUAUUAGUUUUUGAUCCGUGUGCCGUGAUAAGGGCGCAUGGGAUGACGGAACAAAAAGUUUCUCAGGGCGAAGAAGUAAAACAUUUUUAAAUUCGUCAGGCUCUGCUUACAUAUAUGUGAAGAACUGCUACAAUUGCGCGUUUGCGAUAGCGUACCUCAGCUGCGUCGAUUGGAGAACCCUACUGUUAUCAAAUUGACGGUACCGUAUUUUCUCUCGACCCAGCUUUAAACAUGAAUAAAGUAUAUGCCCGAUGUCAUGUCUGCAUUUUUCUUUUGUUUGACAAGCGCGAAUAGUUUUAACGUCGCUCGAAGCUACACUUCCAUACAGUGAACUUUCAGCCGUCAAGACGACUAUCACACCCCAUUGCUUCCCGUACUCUCUCCAAUGAUCAUUAAUGAACUUAAUUCAACAUCAGCUCUUGGAUGGUCACCGGGGCUUUGGGAUAGUCUGAAGUAACUACACUCGCCAUCGAUUGUGUUUCCAGUGCCAUGUUAUCCUUGUUCGGCUACCGUAAACCCUGCUCCACUCUCAUCGGACGUCAACGAUUUUUUUUCCGAGACAUCGCCUGUCGUCCACCAGAAUCCGGUAUGGUUAUGUCUUCCGGUUUAAUUAGCACUUUUUAAGUCACACGAAAAGUCCGAUCCACAUUCCAAAUCAGCUGAGCAAUGCUCCACGAGAAGUGUAACAUCACACCAUGAAUGAUUUCUUGUCGCCGGCCCACUCGUAGACGUCGAUAUUGUAGACAGUGCCAUCUCUAUACGCACACACAGAGUUAGCUGUAUGGGCCGAUGGGUAUUAGUUCUAGAUCGAUACCUAUGCGAUUAGUAGGCUACCUCAUUGCAAAGUGUUGUCAGACCACAACCCCACGAAUGUUAUAGCGCACGCAGGUAGUAUAGAGCUUCAUAUCAGUAAUUGGCACGGAUACCACGUGCAGAUUACCUCACACCAGAAUCUGUAUCUUUCUUCAAAAGGGCCGGUGACCUUCACCUUUUGCAUCCAUGGACACAUGGUCGAACCAAUUCGGACCAAGC